CCUCCAUCAUUCUUCGAUUCGCACAGCCAUGAGCCCACUCCUCGACGCUGUCGCCGCCAACGAUAUGCAGGCGCUCGCCAAGCACGUGGUCGGGGCGUCGCCACGCGAGCUCCUCGAUGCCCUCGGCGCCGCCUGUCUCGCGCCUGCGUACACGGCCUUCAUGGCGAUCGCGGCAACCGGGUGCCUCGCCAAGACGCCCGACGACAUUUAUGGCUACGUCCACUUGGCCGUCGAGGGCGGCAGCGUGCACAUUGUAGCCGCUCUCCUCCGCCUCACGGGUAUCAAACUCGCGUUGGUCCGUGUGACACUGGACAGUGAGGUCAUGACGCCGCUGCUCGUGGCCGCCAUCACGGGCAACGCCGCUAUGGUGGCCUUUCUCUUGAAGCACAACGACAUGGACGUCGACGGCGGGCGCACGAAAGACGGCAACUCGCCGCUUGGUAUGGCGGCGGCGCACGGCCACAGCAGCGUUGUCUCGCAGCUCCUCGCCGCCGGGGCGUCGCCGCGCCAUCGCAACCUGGAUGGCGACACUGUGCUCGACCUCGCGCAGCUCUACGGGCAAACGAGCAUCGUGGCACUGCUCAUGCACCACGAACGUACGCAAAAGACGUCCGGCGCGCUCGGGCUCAAGAGCCGCAUCCAGCAGCUUCGCCAAGCGUCCUCUGCUUACCAGCAUUACAGCCCCAAUGAUGGCAUCAACUUUGACGCGAUCGAAUCGCGCAUCUCGCUCCUCAAAGUCCGCGCAAGCGAGCAGUGUCUCCGUGCGUCCAUGGCGUCGACGCCCGCGUCCUCGAGCGACGACGAGCGGUUCCGGUCUUUCUUUUAGUUGCCGUGUUUAGUAUUUAAGUAGACGUUCCAGUAGACGUUUUGUGUGUACAGACGAUUGCAAACAUGUGACGCGUCGACUACGUGCCGUGACAGACCCUCGUCAC